AUGGCAAUGGAGGAAUCUUUGAUGGUGGCUUUGCGAAUAAAGCCUUGUAAUGAGAAAACCGAAUGGAAUAUCCAAAGUAACACAAUAAAACGGACCAAUUCAAAUGAGGAACUCUCUUUCGAUACUAUUUAUGAUAGAACUGCUACAAAUGAAGAUAUUUACGGUAAAUCCAUCGAACACCUCGUCGAUGAUGCACUCAAUGGAUACAACGUUGCCAUUUGUGCUUAUGGUCAAAGUGGUGCAGGAAAAACACAUACACUUACCGGAACUAAUUCUUUCGGGUUGGUUCAUCUACUCUUCAAUGAUCUCUUUUCUCGUAUUGCAUUGGACAAGAGAAAGUAUCUCAUUCGUGUAUCUUACCUAGAAAUUUUCAAUGAGAAGGUUCGCGAUCUUCUAGGUAAUGGAGAAGAUUUACUUAUUAUGGAACGAAAAGACAUUCCUUUCGUGCAGGGCAUUUCCGAGCAGGUCGUUACGUCAAAAGAGGAAGUUGAAGAUCUCUUAUUCACAGCUUCGGAAAUGAGACAAGUUGGCGAGACUAACCUGAAUGAACGAUCGAGCAGAUCUCAUGCCAUAUUACGAAUUUGCUUAGAAUCUAAUGACGGAAUUGGUAGCGAGAACGGUGAUGCUACUGCUGGCCUAGUGAACAGACAGAAGGAAGGUGCCAAUAUCAACAAAUCUCUUCUGGCGCUUACAAAAGUUAUUGCAAUUCUUUCCGAUAAAAGAAGAUGCUCAGGCCAUAUUCCCUAUCGUGACUCCAAGCUGACUCGCAUACUAAAACCAUGUUUAGGGGGUAACAGUAAAACUCUUGUCAUAUGUUGCAUUAAUCCUCAAUUCAUAACUGAAACUUGUUCUACCCUGAAGUUUGCCAAGCAAGUUAAGCUUGUAAAGUCACGACCUACUGUUAAUGUGUCUACUGAGGAAGGAGUGCUUGCUAAGUACUUGGCAGAAAUUGAAGCUCUCAAACAGCAACUGGAGACGCAAAAAUCUGAGCCAGCGAAUGCUAUUAAGGAAAGCGAUCACUUAGAAGCUGAAAGAGAACGCUUGAAAUCUCUCAUGAAGAGUAUUAUCAAUGAAAAAGAAAAUGCUGUUCCACAGACGAAACGUGUUCAAAACAGAAGAAUGACUUGGGCUCCAGGAAAUGGGAAGCUUGGUUCAGACUCUCCACCAUCCAAAAUAUUCCGUUCAGGUUUCAAUAAUAUAGCUGAGCAAGAUGAAAGUGAUAAGUUCUCCGAAUUUUUGGCUAGAAUGGAGAACAAAAACCAUUCAUUCGAUCGAAUUUCAGAGGAGAGUGAGGAUAAGACUGAUGAUUUCGACAACCUCAUCUUGAGAAGUAACAGAUGCUCUGAUGUUAUGGAAGCUUUCAAUAAUUCAAAUUCGAAAGUAGAAGUGAAAUCUAACGAGUUUCAGGCAGAUUUAGUGAAAAAGUAUAAUGAGGCUUUAGUUCUUAUGGAUGAGUUAAGAACUACAUUAUCUACACUAACAACAGUUGUUGAUAUAGGCAAAGAAAGUAUCACGCAAUUAGAGUUGGAAAAGAGUGAACUAGAGAUGGCCGUCUUAGAACAAGAUAAAGUUUUCCAAACAUUGGUAUCCGAGAACGAAAAGCUACAGCAACAACUGAAGGAAGACCAGGAAACUAAGAACGAAAGACAAUUAUUGAGAGAUCAUCGUGACAAUUUGACUCAAGAAGUUUCUCAGUUGAAGGAAAAACUUGUUGAUGCAGAGAAUACGAAAGAAGCCCUGGAGUCCUCCUUAGAAGCAGCCAAAUUCUCGCUGGAGAACCAGGAGAGAAACAAUUUGUUUGAGAAGAAGUGCUUAUCCGAAGAAAACAAUCAACUCAAUAACGAAAUCUCUCAGUUGAAAAGAGAAAUGGAACAUAUAAGUAUGAAAUUACAAAUGGCCCAGGAGCAAGAGAGUUCUGAUGAUAGAUGCAAGAAGAUGGAACUAACAAUGGACUCUAUGAAAAAAGACUUUGAUAUCCAAUUGAAUGAGCUAAAACAAGCGAAGGAGAGAAAGGAGAACGAACUGCAAGAACAGUUGAUGGGCUCGAAUGACCUCAUCAAACAUCUCCAGAAGCAAAUAGGAAGUCUGGAGGAGAUAAAUCAAUUGUUGAUAGCGAAUGAGAAAGCAGCUGAGAUGGUUAUCCCUGAACAUCAAAUACUAAUUGAUAGGAUAGAAGUAGACCAGAUGAACAGUCAGAUUUCGCAAUUAAAACAGUUACUGAAUGAACAGGAAGUGUCCACUGCUAGCUUAAAGAGAAAGCUUGAGGGUAGUGAAAGAUCAUUCCAUACAAUUAACUCUGAGAACCGAAGAAGGACCGAAAUGCUUGCUGCAAAGGAUAAGAUGAUUCAGUCGCUCACAGAAGCAAAGCACGAACUGGAGGUAGCUGUAUCAGCACUAAAGAGCGAUGUCGGUGAUCUGAACGCUGCUCGAGAAGAUUUGGACAAAAUGACUAGUUCGUAUCAAAAGCUGCAAGGGGAUUUCAAAGAGCAACUGGAGACAGUACGCAGAGCACAAGAUAGAACGAACUCACUAGCUUUUGAAAAAGCCAAAGCGGAAGCCGAUUUGACCAUUUUGAGACAAGAUUAUAGACGUCUUGAAGAGAAGCUGGAAAAAGUCAGAGACGAAGAACGCCAUAUCCAUGAAAACUCGGUUGCGGAGCUGAAAGAGAAGGUUGUAAUAUUGGAAGAGUCUAAAACUAGUUUGACAAAUGAUUGUAAUUAUCUUCAACAAAAGCUGAACGAAAAGGAGCGGGUGCAUGCACGUCUCAUAAAGAGAUGUGCCGAAAUUGAUAGCGGAAACGCUGUGAACACCGCAUCAGAAGAGAGUUUGAAGCAACACAAAUCCCAGAUAGACUUCUUGACUGACUCUCUGAAUAUCGAAAGAACAUCAAAGAAAGAUUCAAUAGAUAAAUUGAAUGUUGAGCUGAACAAUAAGACUGAGGAAGUUAACGAUUUGAAAGCUCAGAUUGAAGAACUAAACAAGCAAAAACGUCGAGGAAUUCGUUAUAUGAAAGAAUUAGAAACGAAGGUUAAGACAUAUGAAAGCAACCCAGCUCGAAACCCUCUCGGCGAAAUCCAGAAGUCGUAA